AAUUUUACGUACAUUCGAAGGUACAUCACUGAAACUGACUUUCUAAGUAAAACACAGAAUGUGAUUUCAUAAAUGAGAUUGGUUCAAAGGUGAAAUAGUUUAGUUACGAGUGCAUAUAAGCGACUUAAAAGGAUUUUCCAAAAACCUCUACGAAAGUGUUCACACUACGUAAUAGUUAAAUUUUGCAAAGUUUAAAUAUUUUUGCGCAUAAUUCUCGUCAGAUGGCCACUGCAACAUCAACACAGAAUAAGAUUUUGAUAUGGGAAAAAGCCAUCCAAGGUUGUCGGUUACACACACAAAAAGGCUUUCUUUUAGUCGAUACAAAAAAAGAUUCAACAAUAUUGCUGUGCAUCUACAACAUGAUUGCCAACGACGAUGCAAUAAUUUUUUCCAUUCUUCAAUUUCCAGAAGGUUGUUGAGAAUGAUGGAUGUGUUUUUCGUGCCGUGCAGCACAACAUAAUUCGUGUUUGUCAUCACUAUUUAAUUGAAUUUUUCCGUUUGCAAAAAAAAAUCCGAGCAGUAAAGUUGAAUUUAAAUGAAAAAUAUUCUCCCUGUAAAGUGUGCGAUGUUUUCGCCUUUUUCAGAGCUCGUGAUCAGGCCCACGUCAAACGCAUCUCGGGUAUUUCAAAAAGCUGCGGCUAAACUCACAAUUAUAUCGGUGUUAUCUCGACAAAUCGGUACCACUGUCUAUGAUCAACUGCCAGGAUCGCGAGGAAAAGAUAAAACUGAAGAAAAAUUUGAUAAGUCUAUCGUUAUGAGCUCUGUUGGUGUUCUGAAACACUUACCUAGGGUUGUCGAGGGAUCGAGUGAGAUCUUGUUGACAGAUAGGGAUGUUGAAAAUGAGAAUGUGGCUGGAGUUGAAAAAGACGAGGUCGAGAAUGGCGUGGUAAAGUAUGGUAAAGAUGGCAAAAGUAGCGAUCCAUUUGAUUUUAUGAAAGAAAGAAAAUUAUCUGAACCUGUUUUGAGCGCAAGGAAAAAGAGCGGUGUGCUCAAUCCAAAAUUCUUCCGCUGUCGCAGUACUCUUGAUUUGAGAAAACCUGAGAAUGAUAAGCCAGUGGUACUGCGUGAACUUGGUGGAUACAAAUUCUACACUAAAGCUAGUGACACGAGCGACAAACGUGAAAAACAUAACGCCAACGAGUGCGACACUGACAGCAGCAGCAGCAUAGUUUCAACGUCGAGUGAGGUUUCAGCAUUGAAGAAAACCAUUGCUGAAUUAAGGGAAAAUUUCAAAAACCGCGAAAAAAGUGUACUUCACUUGGAAAAGAAAUUAUCGCUAACGGAGCAGGAGAAUGCAAAAAAUAAAAAACAAAUUGUCACUUUCAAGGAGAAAUUGAAAGAUGGUUCGGGUACAAUGGAUUACUUACGACGCGAGAAGGAUGUGUUGGCAUCAGAACGCGAUCGUCUCAGCUUCAUGUUGUUAACCGCCGAGCAUGAACUCAAGGAAUUGCGGGCGCAAAAUACGAAUCUAAUCACGGAGUACGAGUGUGUUGAGCACAGUCGUAAAAUUGCCGUUGGUCACUUGCAAGAAUGUGAAAGAGUCUGUCGAGAAACUCACGAGGUUAAAUCUGACUCUUCUGUUGCGAAGAAAAACUCUGAAAUAUUAUUGAAAAAGUUAAGCUCUACGAAAGAUAUCGUACAAACACUACGUAAAGAAAGAGACGAUCUACUGUACGAACAAAAUAAAAUCGCUGCUUUUUUUACAUCCACUCUGAAGGAAGUCUUAGAACAGGUACGAAACGUCGAAGCUCAAAAGAGAAGAAAACUGGAGAUGGAAUCCAAGAAUAAUUUUUCAUUAGAAGUCAUACCUUGCAGCAGUGAGGAGGUUUUUGUCGAGCCCGAAACUUUGCCGGCUGAUACUGAAGAUAUUCUUACUUUACAUGUGUUUAAAAAGAAGUUGAAAUCCAACGAACAAUGCAUUGAUGAUUUAGCCAACAAGAUUCGAAAUCUUGAGAAGCAGAAGAAAGAUUUAUUGGAAACGAGGUUUGCGAUGAUCCAGAAAUUCCAAUCUUCGAGUGACGUCACGGGGGAGUUGGAAGCAGACACAAGCGUCAGUGACAUGGAAGAAAAAGUAGACGCUGUCGAGGAAGAUGGUGAUCAAAAACGAGCGCGUGUUACGAAGAAGAUUCGAAAACUUGAGCGCACUCUUUCCAUGGAUCACGGUGUGGGGAAACUGGACUGUAUUCAAAAGCUGUGCAAGAAGUUGGAGGACAGUGAACAGCGUAUUCACGAAUUAGAGGCGGCAAAUUCCGAACUACGAAUGGAGCACGAGGAUAUGGAGGAAGAAGCGAAAUAUCUGAAAUAUGUUCUGUCAUAUCGUGGUGACGUUAUGAAGGCUCAACUCAAAAGUGAAUAUGAGAAAAAGAUUACUGCUCUCAAGGAUGAAAUAGAAGAAUCACAAGGAAGGAGCUUGAAAAAAGCAAACAAUGAAAUUUCAUCUCUUACAAAACGGAAUCAAGAUUUGGAGGAUGAGGUUCAGCGUCUGCAUGAAGAGCUGAGGACAUUACUUCAAAACCUUUUUUCUUUAUACGCUGCUCAAGGAUCUCCUUCGGAAUCGAGAGAACACGAUAAUAAUAAUUUUGCUGACACUUCUUCUAACUCAAACAAUUCUAAAAACAUUUCCAAGGCAUCCACUAUGACUGUAGUUGAAUCUGAAAAUCAUUGUCACAUCGAAGGAAGUGAUGAUGUAACUUUGGAGACAGAUAGCGGUAAACCAUGUGAUGAUAAAGACCAUUCUAAGGAUUCCGGUGCUGAAAUCACAUUCGCGGGAAACCUGGAGGACAAAGUUGCGCAACUUCUUGAAGAGAAACGGGUUCUACUCCAGAGCAUGCAGUUACUUAACAACCAACGAGAAUCCUCUGUUGGUAGCGCAACAGAAUCCGAAUCCUCGGCGGUCGUUAAAGCCGAAUGCACGGACAUUUUCACAACAGAGCAAAGAUAUACAUGCUUGGCCGACACUUUACAAAAAAUGCGCAAGUUGCUUGCUGAACAACAUGAGCACGAAAAUGACGAAAACGACGAAACUCUAUCAAAGUUGAAAAACGAAUUGAAAUGCUUAGAUGAAAAAUUGACGGAAGGCCACUCCACACAAAAAUAUGACAUCCAAAAGACAGACGUUGAAGUCAACUCAGUGCAUAAUGAUAGGCGAAUUUCUGAACUUGAAAUGGAAAUCUACCGUCUACACGAAGAGAAAAAAUCCCUUCUUUCUAUCAUAGUUCGUUUACAAUCUGAUCCUAACUUCACCCUUAGUGAUGACGUAAAUGAUAGCUCGGUCGUUAGUAUCUGUGACGUCAUGGUUAAGAACGAUACCACUCAUAAUGAUGAUAUCAAGGAAGAUGACAUCAUACCGACGAAAGAACUCCACUUAAGCAAUAUCCACGAAUUAUUUACUCCACUUGAGAAUGAGGUAAUACUUGAAGAUGGUUGUAGUACAUCAAAGGAUGAAGUUCAUUGUGCCACCAGUGACGACAAUUUUCUUGGGAGGACAUUGAGGGAUGAGGGGGUCCAAGUGAACAUUAACAGAGAUGAUGUCCGUGGACUCUUAGGAUAUUUAGAGCAAGGACUUGAUAAACUGAGAAAUGCUUUGGACGAUGGAAAUUUAAUCGAAACUAAACCACAAAAUGAAGAAACGCUUUCUCAUGACCCUCACAUGUGUCCAUGCAAAGGCUCUCUUCAAGACUUAAAGCAGCUAAAUAAGGAAUUAAAGAACUUAGGACAGCAUACUCAAGUUCUGGAGGAAAAAUUGCAGGAGAGCGAAUCCAUAAGGUGCGAUCUUCAUCGUACUAUUUCCAUAGCAACAGAUAUGGCGACCGAAGAGCGGCAAAAAUGCGAAGAAUUGAAGAGGACGAAAGCAGCUCUUGAAAAAGAGAUGCUAACAUUAGCCAAAGAAAACCGCGAUCUACGUGAUGGGCUGGAAACUUUAUCGAUUUCGAAGAAGCGACGAGGACGUAACCAACGCUCCAGUCUUGCCAGUGAUACGCAGGAAGAGGACUGUCACGUGACUUAUUUGCCGAGAGCUAAAGCACAGAAUAUUUCUGAAAGCGAACUGUCUGAUAUUGAAAGUCCUUCUUUUGAAUUCAAAAGUUUUUCUCGCAAUCCCUAAAUGACCUCAAUUUGACAAUUGUUGUAUGAAUACUUUGCAUUUAGCAAACAAAUCGUGUUCAUUUUUUGUUGUUUUUUGUUACUUCUGAAGUAUUCCAGCUCAAAUUGAUAACUGCUGUUGGGAAAAUUACAAAUUCGAAAUAUA